GAAAACCCUAUAAAUCUACACUAGAUUCUCUCUCUUUCUUCACCGCCGUUAUUUAGUUCCUUUUAUUUUACCCCAAUCCAAAUAAACAAACAUCAUUGUGUUCGCCGAUACUCGAUUCUGAGCUAGCUCAAACCAUGGCUCACCAACCCGACUCUGAUUCGAAAGCUGGGAAGAAGGACUUCUCGACGGCGAUCUUGGAGAGGAAAAAAGCCCCCAAUCGUCUGGUUGUGGAUGAAGCGGUCAACGAUGACAAUUCCGUCGUCUCCCUCCACCCCGCCACCAUGGAAAAGCUCCAGCUUUUCCGUGGAGAUACUAUUUUGCUCAAGGGAAAGAAAAGGAAGGAUACUGUCUGCAUUGCCCUUGCUGACGACACAUGCGAAGAGCCGAAAAUUAGGAUGAACAAAGUUGUGAGGACGAACCUGAGGGUUCGGCUUGGGGAUGUUGUAUCUGUGCACCAGUGCCCAGACGUGAAAUACGGAAAGCGUGUCCACAUUUUGCCGUUGGAUGACACCAUUGAAGGUCUCACUGGGGAUCUUUUUGAUGUAUACCUGAAACCCUACUUUCUGGAAGCAUAUCGCCCAGUGAGGAAAGGUGAUCAUCUUCUGGUUAGAGGAGGGAUGAGAAGCGUGGAAUUUAAAGUCAUUGAGACUGAUCCUGGGGAGUAUUGUGUUGUUGCUCCUGAUACUGAGAUCUUUUGUGAAGGAGAGCCUUUGAGGCGAGAAGAUGAAGAUAGGUUGGAUGAGGUGGGGUACGAUGAUGUAGGUGGUGUUAGGAAGCAAAUGGCUCAGAUUCGUGAAUUAGUGGAAUUGCCUCUGAGGCAUCCUCAGCUCUUCAAGUCUAUAGGUGUCAAACCACCUAAAGGAAUUUUACUUUUUGGACCUCCAGGUUCGGGGAAGACCUUGAUAGCUAGAGCUGUUGCUAAUGAAACUGGUGCAUUCUUCUUUUUGAUUAAUGGGCCUGAAAUUAUGUCCAAGUUGGCUGGAGAGAGUGAAAGCAACCUAAGAAAAGCAUUUGAGGAGGCCGAAAAGAAUGCCCCAUCAAUUAUUUUUAUUGAUGAAAUUGAUUCCAUAGCACCUAAGCGAGAGAAGACAAAUGGUGAAGUUGAAAGGAGGAUCGUUUCUCAGCUUCUGACUCUCAUGGAUGGAUUGAAAUCUCGUGCCCAUGUCAUUGUUAUGGGGGCAACUAACCGACCUAACAGCAUUGACCCGGCUCUUAGAAGGUUUGGUAGAUUUGAUAGAGAAAUAGAUAUUGGUGUUCCUGAUGAAGUUGGACGGCUCGAGGUUCUGAGAAUUCACACCAAGAAUAUGAAACUCUCCGAGGAUGUUGAUUUAGAGAGGAUUUCUAAAGACACCCAUGGUUAUGUUGGUGCUGACCUGGCAGCUCUCUGCACUGAAGCAGCGCUUCAGUGUAUCAGAGAGAAAAUGGAUGUCAUUGAUCUGGAAGAUGAUACAAUUGAUGCUGAGAUACUAAACUCCAUGGCUGUUACAAAUGAGCACUUCCACACUGCUCUUGGAACAAGCAACCCCUCUGCUUUACGAGAGACAGUUGUUGAAGUGCCGAAUUGCAGCUGGGAAGAUAUUGGAGGGCUUGAAAAUGUUAAGAGAGAGCUUCAGGAGACUGUUCAAUAUCCUGUGGAACAUCCAGAGAAGUUUGAGAAAUUCGGUAUGUCUCCUUCAAAGGGUGUUCUUUUCUAUGGUCCUCCUGGAUGUGGAAAAACACUUCUAGCUAAGGCUAUUGCAAAUGAGUGCCAAGCCAAUUUCAUUAGUGUAAAAGGACCUGAAUUGCUUACUAUGUGGUUUGGAGAGAGUGAAGCCAAUGUUCGUGAAAUAUUUGACAAGGCUAGACAGUCUGCUCCGUGUGUCCUUUUCUUUGAUGAGCUUGACUCCAUUGCUACACAGAGAGGAAGCAGUGUUGGAGAUGCUGGUGGUGCUGCUGACCGAGUUCUCAAUCAGCUUCUCACUGAGAUGGAUGGCAUGAAUGCCAAGAAGACUGUUUUCAUAAUUGGGGCUACUAACAGACCUGACAUUAUUGAUCCAGCACUUUUACGGCCUGGUCGUCUUGACCAGUUAAUAUACAUCCCCCUGCCAGAUGAAGAUUCACGCCAUCAGAUUUUCAAAGCAUGUCUUCGGAAGUCACCACUAUCGAAGGAUGUUGAUCUCUGAGCUCUUGCUAAAUAUACUCAAGGAUUUAGUGGAGCAGAUAUCACCGAAAUAUGCCAGAGGGCUUGCAAAUAUGCCAUAAGAGAGAAUAUUGAGAAAGAUAUAGAGAGGGAGAGGAGAAGAGGAGCAAAUCCCGAUUCAAUGGACGAGGAUGUUGAAGAAGAAGUAUCAGAAAUCAGGCCUUCACAUUUCGAGGAGUCCAUGAAAUACGCUCGUAGAAGUGUGAGCGAUGCUGACAUACGGAAAUACCAGGCAUUUGCUCAGACCUUGCAGCAGUCGCGUGGGUUUGGAACUGAGUUCCGUUUUGCUGACCAACCAGCUGGGACUGCUGCUGCAUCGGACCCCUUUGCAUCAUCUGCUGGUGGAGCUGACGAAGAUGAUUUGUAUAGUUAGAUGCUGCGAGCUGCUUUUUAACUUUUGCUCGCCUCAGAAAUACAUUUUCUGCACUUACGUUUAUUUACAAAAAAAAAGCUUCCUAGACUCUCAGCAAUAGUCGCAUGGCACUGUUCUCAUAUAUUAUGCACUCUAGAUUCCCCUUCGACUGUGGAUUUAGCAUAGCAUCCAUAGACCAAAGGUUUUCAUUCUCGAGCAGAUGAGUCUGUUGAAUGAGGAUGAUAUUAGAAAUUGUGUACGUUGAAAAGUAAAAUGCAGAAAAUAAAAGACUACUGCAUAAAGUAAAAGACUGGAAAACUGUAAAGACUACAUUGUGAUUAGACUUGAAUUUUUUCUCUCAAUGGUUAUUCUAGCUA